AUGUACUUCCUCCUUCCAUUUCCUCUGUUUCUUCUCACACUCUUUCUACUUUCCAUGUUCAAAAGUAGCAAGAACUCAUCCAUGACCAAAACCAAACUCCCACCAAGCCCUCCAAAGCUUCCCAUCAUAGGCAACCUACACCAACUUGGAAAAUUGCCUCACCAAAGCCUACACAAACUUUCCCAACAACACGGCCCGAUCAUGCUACUAAAACUCGGCACCGUACCGAUUCUAGUCGUCUCGUCGCCUCAUUUCGCGAAACAAAUCCUUAAACAACAUGACAUUAGCUUUUGUUCCCGGCCGAGCUCGCCGGGAACAGAGCGCCUUUUCUACAAUUGCUCUGACGUGGCCUUCUCGCCGUUCGGCGACCACUGGCGAAACGCGCGCAAGAUCUUCGUCGGCCAUCUGAUGAGCGCGAAAAGGGCCGAACUCUUCGCGCGAGUGAGGGAGAUAGAAAUCGAAGGCUUCGUCGAUUAUCUGUCCGCGGUCUCGACGAAUCCGAUCGAUCUCGACGAGAAGAUCUUCGACGUGAUUGGUGGAAUUGUCGGUAGAGUUGCAUUUGGCAAGAGCUAUAGAUGGAGAGAGUUUGAGGGAGUAAAGUUGAAAGGUGUGAUGGAUGAGGCUAUGCAAGUGAUUAGUAGCUUCUCGGCCGAGGAUUUCUUUCCGUUCUUCGGUCGGUUUGUGGAUUUUGUGAGUGGGCACAAAGCAAGGGUGGAGAAUUGCUUUCGCACGAUCGACGGCUUCUAUGAGAUGAUUCUUGACGAACAUUUUAAUCGGCGGGAAGACGGUGAGGAGGAGGAGGAGGAGGAGGAUUUUGUUGAUGUGUUGAUUGGGUUGUUAAGAGAGCAAAAUGGGCUUCUCCAAAGCAAGGAACAUCUCAAGGCUUUGUUGAUGAACACAUUUCUUGGGGGAGUCGACACGAGCGCCAUAGUAAUAGUGUGGGCGAUGUGCGAGCUCAUAAGAAACCCGCGGGUUAUGAAGAAAGUCCAAAAGGAAAUACGAUGCAAGCUAGGAAGGAAAACGAGAGUGGAGGCUAACGACAUUGAUGACCUAACGUACAUGAAAAUGGUCGUUAAGGAAGUCUUAAGGUUACAUCCACCGGCGCCAUUUUUGGUGCCCCGUGAAUGCAUGCGCGCGUGUAAGAUUAGCGGUGAGAAUGGCGAGGUUUACGAUGUCUACCAAAAGACGAGAGUUCUUGUCAAUGCUUGGGCAAUCGGGAGGGACCCAAACAAGUGGAGGAAUCCUAACGAGUUUUUUCCCAAACGAUUUGAAAAAAAUGAUGUCGAUUUUAGAGGGCAACAUUUCGAGUUUGUGCCGUUUGGAGGUGGUAGAAGGAUUUGUCCUGGCAUAAGCAACGGCCUAGCAACUGUUGAGCUGACAUUAGCCAAUCUCUUGUAUUGGUUUAAUUGGGAAGUUCCUAAAGGUAUGGAGUUGGAGGAUGUAGCUAGCUUGGAGGAAGAAGGUGGAAUUACUGUUCAUAAAAGGACACAUCUUACUCUAGUGCCCAUCAAGUAUAGUUUGGAAUGA